UUUUGUUUGUGACCAGAAAAAAAAAAAAAACAAAAAUAAAGAGAUUGAGAGAAAAUAGAAAGAAAGUUCAGGAUAACCUGUUCUGGUUCAGACUCUUUGGCAUUCUCCACUUGCCCAACCUUUUCUCCUAUCUCCACCACUUCCUUCCAACUCCCUCCCUCAUGCGUACGUGAAGCUUCCACCAGAAGAAGUUUCAGCAAUCUCCAAUUCCAUGGCGAAGACCCUAAUUUCGUCUCCGACCUUCCUCGGAACGCCACUUCCCGCCCGCUCUCGCCACCAUGGACUCCUCCACUCGCUUCCCAGCCGUCGAUUCAUCUCCACAACAGUAAAGAUGAGCCUGCACGACAUCCCUCCGGUUCAUCUCCCUCUUUCUCAUGUUGAUUUCAGCUCAAUUCUCACCAGAGCCGAGAGCGUUCUGUACACGCUUGCCGACGCCGCGGUGGCAGUUGACGCCGGCGCUGCUUCCAGCUCGACUGAUGCUGCUGCCGUUCAGAAGAGCGGCGGUUGGUUCGGGUUUAUCUCCGACGCUAUGGAAUUCGUGCUCAAGAUAAUGAAGGGCGGGCUCGAGGCCGUCCAUGUACCUUACGCUUACGGCUUUGCCAUUAUAUUGUUGACGGUGGUUGUGAAAUUGGCGACGCUCCCUUUGACAAAACAGCAGGUGAGUUUUGCAGUUGCCAUCGUUUCUGUGGAAUCUACCCUCGCAAUGCAAAACCUUCAACCGAAGAUAAAAGCGAUCCAACAAAGAUAUGCGGGCAAUCAGGAAAGAAUCCAACUUGAGACAUCACGUUUAUACAGGCAAGCUGGGGUUAAUCCGUUAGCAGGCUGUCUUCCUACUUUGGCUACAAUUCCAGUGUGGAUAGGUCUGUACCAAGCUCUUUCAAAUGUUGCAAAUGAGGGAUUGUUGACAGAAGGGUUCCUAUGGAUUCCUUCUUUAGGUGGGCCAACUACAAUUGCAGCUAGACAAAGUGGAUCUGGAAUUUCUUGGCUCUUCCCAUUUGUGGAUGGACAUCCCCCAUUGGGCUGGCAAGAUACUGCAGCAUACUUGGUUUUGCCUGUAUUGCUUAUUCUAUCCCAGUAUGUCUCAAUGGAGAUCAUGAAGCCUCCCCAGACAGAUGAUCCUGCCCAAAAGAACACGCUUCUGGUCUUCAAAUUCCUUCCUCUGAUGAUUGGAUACUUUUCCUUGUCUGUGCCAUCAGGCUUAACAAUCUAUUGGUUCACGAACAAUGUUCUUAGCACAGCCCAACAGGUAUGGUUGCGUCAGUUGGGUGGUGCAAAGCCAGCUGUCAAUGCGGAUGCCAGUGGAAUCAUCACUGCAGGACGUGCAAAACGAUCAGUUGCACAGCCAGCAGGGCCUGGUGAAAGGUUCAAGCAGCUGAAGAAUGAGGAGAAGAAAAGGUUGGGCAAGGCUCUAGCAUCAGAUGAUAGUCAGACUAUGGAUUCUGCAUCUGCUUCGGAAGAAGACUCGGAUGAUGAAACUAAGGACAAGGGCGAGGAGGUGCUAGAAGAAGCAUAUGCUUCUAGUGUAGGUAACCAGGUGCCUGAUGUUUCACAGCCAAAGAGAAGCAAACGGUCAAAAAGAAAGCGUACUGUUUAAGAAAGAUUUAGUUAUACCAAGAUGAUUGUAAUGUUUGGUGAGUUCUGUAUAUCUCAACACAGUUAAUUAUCAGCUAUAUAGUGCCAUUUUUAUGCUGCAUCAUUCAGUAUAACUGUGAAUGUUUGAGACUAGGCAGAACCUGUUGGGUCUCUCUUCCUUAUGAUAUUAUGAUGUAGCAUUGCUAUGUUAUUGCAUAUAGUUGAUAUCUUCCAAUAUUGAUUUUUGAAGUAGUUAAAAGGAGGAAUCAGCCAGUUGGCAGCAAAGCUGCUACUUGCUUUGAUCGCAUCAUGUUGUUUACUGAGAUAUUCAAGUGAUAUUUUAAAAUAACAAACCGGUUUAUUGCAGCUAACACAGUGUUUCUUGGUAGUAAGGGCCUUUAAGGAUACUAGUGCCUCCUUGCUUGUUCCCCUGUACUUACUUUCUCCAUUUAUCUUAGCCUUCCAUUAGGACUUGGUGUUUAUUCACUCAUUAUAUAUUCUCCACGUAAUAACAAUGUGUUCCGGUCCCUGAACCUACAUGAUUAGGGUAAACUGAUUCAGCUAUUUGACAGUAUUCUAGGAAGCAAACUCAUUUAUGAGUUCUACUUACUUCUCUAGUAUGUUUCAACAAACAAUCUGGAGCUCAACAUUACUUCCUUUGAGGAAGGACAUAGAAGCCCACUUAUGCUUUGACCCCCUAUGAAUUCCAUUUGUGUUACACCAAAUGAAAAACAAGGAUUUAUGCUGCAUCUAGACAAGCCUACAUUUUAUACAUAAUUGCUCUGGCAUUUCCAUAUAAAUUCCACUAAUAUACAGGCACAAAACCUAGGCAUCAGGACUUGCUGUCUAAUGAAUCCAUCAUCUUACACUCUACCUUACAAGAAUAGAUGCUAUGUUUACUUGCUAGGAGAGUGCAUCCAGUGAUCUAUUGCUUUGUGGUUGGACUGUGAUUGCCAACUGGGUUAGGCCCGGAUGGAGCUUUCCGAACCCUCUUUUCUCCAACCCUAUGCUGUGAGGCUUCCCUUUGCAAUCUGGAGCUGGAUUGUGCAGGCUUGACUCUAAAGGGGGCUGAACCAGUAGCUUGAACCUUGGCAGUGGCGAAGAGACCAUGUUGUAAAGCAAUGAUCAGGAGGCAUGGUAAGAGCAGGAAUUUGAGAAUCUUGCUGCUCAUGUUUGCGCCUGAGAUGGUGUAAGUUCUGCAAUUGAAAUGAGAAACUAUAUAUCAAAGCUAGCUUGCAGAAGAAUGCAAUAUGUUGUAGGCACCGUUUUUAUCUUAAAUUUUUUUUUGGUAAUCAUAGCAAAACUUGAAUAUAAUGCAUAGAAUGUUUUGCUAAAAGUGUGCUUGGGAAUCCUAUGCUUUUAUUAUUACAUGCUGGAGGGCUGAGAUUCAAAUCUGGAUUUGUCUUCAUUGUGGGUUGACCUUUACUCAAGUCAUAAUUACAAGGGUUAUCAUUCGUUCCAUGAUUUUAGUUGGGAAAGUACUUGCCCUAUUAUUUGCUUUUGAAUGCUUCUGUGCCUGUCGCCGAUGUCGGCUCACUCCACAAAAGUUUUACCUGGACAUUAUCAUGAGCCCUCCAGAAAAAAUUUGCAGGAGCAUGAAGAAGUGAACAGAGAGAUUUGUUGGUCUAAUCUAACCCACUGCCCCAUUUCAGAUCUGUAAUGCUUGUACACUACUAUUCAUAUGCUUGAUUUCUCUCUCU